AUUUCAGUACUUAACAUCGUCUUUUCAUGUUUUACGAACAGUUGGAAAAAGAAAACAUCGAUACUAGAUUUAAGUUUAAGGAGAAUACGACUUAUAUAAAGAGAAUGUGGUUUUGAGAAUAUUACAGGAUGCCUAAUGAAGCUCUCAAUCCUCUAUUUAAUGCUCGCGAUCGAUUGUUUCGUGUUUUAUUUUUUAAGUUAUCUCAUAUUUAUGCGAGAAACUUUUCGCCUUCAGUGAGAAAUAUAAUUGAGUUUGGAAUAUUGACGAAGGCUAUAGUGCUGUUGUUUACCCUCAUCUACAUUCAUGCCAAUUUUACAAGCCUACCAAAUAAAUGUUUGGAUAGUGUUCAAAAGACAUGGCCUCGUGAUGGCAUCUUAAGGGUUAGAAUUUCCCUCAACUCAUCAGUUCGCCUAAAUAAUGGCCACACUGUAUUCAGUCAUUAUACAGACAAUGACAUUUACCUUAAUGAAUCAGUUGACAAGGAAACUGAAGCAGUGCAUUUUAAAAAUGUUUCCACUUUUGUUAAUAACUCCAAUCUUGAUCUUUUUCAUUCUGUACCUGAUGAAAAACCAUCAAUACCUUUCAAGCAUUUAAGGGAAACUCUUCUUCAUUCACAUGAGUCAAUUUCUGAAGAAUCCUUCGGUAAACAAUAUUGUAUGGAGUACUCAUUAGAAUUUGGAUUCCUCAGACUUUCGCAAACCACACGCACAAGAUUAAAAAUUCCUGUUAUGCUGGUGGAGUUAAAUCCAGAUAAAGAAAAAUGUUUUGGUGAUGCAUUUAGUCGGUUUUUGUUAAAAGAGUUCCUUGGUUAUGAUGAUGUUUUAAUGUCGAGUAUAAAAAGGCUUGCAGAAUUUGAAGAUAAUAAAGGUUAUUUGAGAAAUCUAGCCACUGGUGAGCACUAUCGGUUUGUGAGUUCGUGGAUGGCCAGAAGCUCAUAUGUUAUUGCUUUCAUUCUCAUGUUGACAUUUACUAUUUCAAUAUCUAUGUUGCUGCGGUAUUGCCAUCAUCAAAUUUUUAUUUUUAUCGUAAAUCUUCUUCAAAUGUUGGAUAUAAACGAAAUCAUCGCUGUCCCCCUUGCUCCAUUAUUUACAGUAAUACUUUCGUUGGUCGGCAUGGAAGCGAUAAUGUCCGAAUUUUUCAAUGAUGCAACGACAAGUUUUUAUGUGAUUCUUAUUGUGUGGGUUGCGGAUCAAUUUGAAGCAAUAUGCUGUCACACAAGAAUUAGUAAAAGAUUUUGGUUAAGAUUUUUCUACUUAUAUCAUUUUGCUUUCUACGCUUAUCACUACCGGUUUAACGGACAAUACAGUAGUCUGGCUUUGCUCACAACUUGGCUUUAUAUUCAGCAUUCUAUGAUAUUCUUCUUUCAUCACUACGAAUUACCGGCAAUACUGAGACGGCCGGAUGCUCAUGGUGCGGAAGAGGAAGUGAUCGAACAUCAGCUGAACCUUGAGAUAAUUGAUCCGAUAGUGAUCGGGAGCAACGAUAUUGCUGAGGUUAUUCCUGAGGUUAUUCCAGCUGAAUUGAACGGUACAGAUGACCAAGAUCCCGAAAAUAAUAUUGAUGCCAUUCGAGAUGACAGUAAUGUAAAUGACGUAAGGGACGCUGAAAUCGAUUCUAACAUAUCUGCCACUAGUAACCGCGAUCAGACUACGGAAUCCGACAUCAAUUACAUAGCCUACGAUGAACACAAUUCGCCCGUCAAUGACGGGACCUCAUUGCGUCAUAGAGUGCAUCACUCCAGUGACAAUAGUGAAAACAGCUCACUCGCUAGUUAGAUCGUGAUUACACCCAUUAGGACGUCAUGUGCAUUUCGGAGGUUUAUUUUCGUUCGUGUGCGUUCCGAUAUAUUGGUGUUAUAAUUCAAUUCAAAAUAAAAAUGAAUAUAUUAGUUUGUUUGUUAUAUAUAUAUAAUUAGGAUAGGUGAUUCUUUAAGAAAAGAUUUUGUUUAUAUUGUAAUGAUUUACUGUUAGUAAUGAAGUUCGCGUCGGUCUGACCUCUGA